UCGGCGAGCGGGGAGCGGGCGCCCUGAAGGAGGCUGGCGCGGCCGCGGUGGGCCAUGGCGGCCGCGGACCUGCGGGCCGAGCUGGACUCGCUGCUGCUGCAGUUGCUCGGGGAGCUGGAGGAGCUGGAGGCCAAGCGGGCGGCGCUGAACGCCCGGGUGGAGGAGGGCUGGCUUUCGCUCUCUAAGGCUCGCUAUGCCAUGGGCGCCAAGUCGGUGGGGCCCCUGCAGUACGCCUCCCGCAUGGAGCCCCAGGUCUGCGUCUGCACCAGCGAGGCCCAGGACGGACUUCAGAAGUUCUGGGUGGUGAGAGCUGGCGCCCAGACUCCAGAGGAGGUGGGGCCCCGCGAGGCAGGUCUGCGCAGGCGCAAGGGUCUCACCAGGACGGCAGAUCGGGAGCCCUCCCCAGCCCCCCAGGACCCUCUGAACUGGUUUGGAAUCCUGGUUCCUCACAGUCUGCGACAGGCCCAGGCCAGCUUCCGGGAGGGCCUGCAGCUGGCUGCAGAAAUGGCCACCCUUCAGAUCCGCAUCGACUGGGGUCGAAGCCAGCUCCGGGGGCUCCAGGAGAAACUCAAGCAGCUCGAGCUGGGGGCUGCCCAACCUGGGAUCACAGAGGCAGGGCAGUGAGCACAGCUGUUCUUCGACGUGGCUGCCUCAUCUCAGGCCUUCUUCCUUCACAGAUUGCCCCUGCCCCCACUCCCACCCCAGCUAAUCCUCCCUCCUUAGAAUUUCUCUGGUCUCCAUGUUUCCAACUUGGUUAGGUGUGAAAGUUUGAAGGGGCAAACUGAGGAAUGUUGGAAGUCACUACUGUGAAACCAUGUCUAGGCUUGUAUUCUGCUAGGACACACGUGGGGCAGGUGCAAAGCUCUUCGGUUAGUUCUUAUUUGUGAACAGCUAGAACAAUCUCAUGGAU